GUUUGUUUAUUAAACUUGUUUAUUCGGUAGUUUUUGGAGUUGGCUGGAACCUGCUGGAAGGCAGCGUAGUUAACUGGCCAAAAGUUCGAUUGUAGCGGCCAAUCGUGAUACAAUCCAUUGUAGACUUGUGCGAGGCAAUGGUAAGAACUAGAAUGAUUUUGAAAAAUUGCCCCAGCUGUGAUCAACAAGUGGCCAUUGCCUGCAAACGGUGUCCGUGUGGGUUUUCGUUCAACGCCCGUCAAACGAAUUCCGCUUAUGUUCCUUCGGCAGCCCCUGUAGGCCGACCCAAGGGAAGCAAAAAGGGGAAACCUAGUGCGGCUGAGGCCCGGAGAGCCGCUGCCCUUGCCGCCUCGCAACAAGUUCAACGACGGAGAACUGGCCGGGUGCGCCGAGAGAAACCGAAUUACUAUGAUUCGUUGCAGUAUGAAAAGAAGAAGAAGAAAUCUAAGAAACCCACCAGGUCAACGAUUUUUAAAGGGAAGGAAGGCAAACAAUCACAGCUGAUAAGUACCAAAGAUACUCAAGUGUCCAGGGCAAACCGACACGCACAACGAAGAGCAAAAAAGGAGGAAAUCGACGGAGGUGGUGACCUGGCAGCAAAGAUGCCACUGGACAAGCAGGAAAUCGCUGCCCUAAUCUUAUCGGAAAUCAACCGGAAAAUUGGUUCAGUUGUCUGGAAACAACCGUGAUCGGAUUGAAUCAUUAUUGUUUCUUGCAUUAAGUUAUUUGAUGAAUGUAGUUCUUCACACGUAAAUUCCAAUACUUAGCCGAGUGUGGUAACUUUUAAGAUAUAGUUAGGAUAGAUAUGAUAUAUGUAAGGUACCAUGGGGCAAGUGAGUAAAGAAAAUCGUAUAAAUCAUAAACAAUACAAAUCAAAAUGAAUAA